CCCCGUCUCUCUCUCUCCCCAGCUCUGUUCUGCUCAAACUCCCGAGUCCCAACCUUGGUCAUUCUAGCUUCGUUCCCACUCCAGAGUCCAGACUCCACCACGAAAAAAAAAGAGUGAGCCCUACAUACAGAGCAGCAGGCAGAUAGAUCCUCACCAUUUUCUCUCUCUCACGCACAUCGCAUCUCCCAAAAUACACUUCUGGUUAAGAGAUAGAGAGGGAGAGAGUGGGUUAUCAGGAAUCGGAGUGUGUAUAAAAGGGCCUGGUCCUCCGAGGUCUGAACCUAAGUGCCCUGUGCUCCUCCUCACUAGUCUUUUCUCCAUCACGAGCGUUAGGCUUCCCCUCCGCUGCAAAGCUCGAAGACUGGAAGCAGCAAUGGCGUCCACGAGGCUGCUUGUCGCGCUCUGCGUGGUGGCGCUGCUCGCCGUGAGGUCCGAGUCCCACGGCCUGGAGGACUUCACCGGCGGGAGCGCCGAGGCGACGCCGGCGAUGCAGACCUUCUUCAAGCCCGAGGCCGCGAAGCUCCCGGAGGCCCUGGACGCCUCCAUGCCCGCGGCCACCACCAUGGCCGCCAAGCCGGAGGCCUCGGCGAUCCCGACAACCACCACGGCGGGCGCAGCCGCAACCACCUCCGGCACCGCCACCAGCGCGGCGUCCGCCCCGCCGCGCAGGUCCGUGUCCGUGGCCGCCGGCGUGGCCUGCGGCGUCGCGGCCGUGGCGGUGGUCGGCAUCGCGGCCGCCGUGGCGUACGUGGUGCGCGGCCGGCGCGGCACGGAGGUCCAGCUCGGCUCCUCCCCGUGAGGCGCAGCCUAGCUACCUAGCUAGCGGGACCCACCCACCAGGCCGCUGUUAUGAUAGGCCAUCAUUAGCUGGUUACGAGCGUCAUUUAGCUUUGCUUUUGCACUGUUGAUGAUUUGGUUUGCUUUUGGGGUAGUAGUUUGAUUCAUCCGGCCAUCCCGGUGCUAUCGUCGGUGAACGGGGAUCACGCUGCAGGCCAGCAAGCGGUGCAUGUAACAUAAAUAAUGCUGGCGUUAGCGUGAUGUUGUUGUGGUGUGUUCAGACCUUGCUACUGCUGCAUCAGGCUUUCAGGAUUGUAUUGUUGAAGUAUUGCCAUGUUUAGGAUUAGUCGACGGGCUCCGGACACCUGAA